GAAUCUGUGGAAGUUGGAAAUGCUGGCAUUGUAGUAUUGUUUUGAUCAUGGGUUUUUUCCAUUCAUUCAUUCAUCUUUGACGCCUGCUCCUAGGAGCUCCCGCCAGGGGGUGGCCACGGUAGAAGUCUCCAUCUCUCUCUAUCCGGACACUCCCUCCUUGCCAGCUCAGAGUUUCUCAAGGAUCCUUCCCCCCUCUCCCUGAUAUACUCCUGCACCCUGUCUCUCAAUUUCACUGGAGGUCGUUCUCUAACUUUUCCACAUUUGGAAUAAAUUAGUUCAUAGUAGGGGAGAGCAGUGAUGAUUUGGACAGUGGGAUGGUCCAGCCAUAGCACUUAUUGUAAAGUGUAUGGGACUGAGUGCCACGAGAUUUUGUGUGAAUGUGCAAAACUUUGUUGCCUUGGCCCACAAAGGGACAACUACGCCCUCAAAGCUGUUCUUUUCGAUGCAAGUCCGAUUUUAUGUUUUUUUGCAUCUCGUAUAUAAUAUUUUCAGGGUGUAUUGUAAGCUUUCACCUCAAAAACAUGGCAAUUAACGAAAUGUAAAUUAUUUUGGUGACGCAGCGAUGCACGGCGAAGGUAUUGCCUUAUAACACAAUCACCCAGCUCUCAUGCUGGAAAAGGAGUGUGACCACACAUUUGCUCUUUAGAGUCAUGAUGAUUCGGACAGAUGAUUUUUUCAUGAUUUUUAUUAAACUUAUAUCAAUUUAAACACUAUAGGUGUUGCAACGGUUAUAAAAAGGUUAAUUUGGUUGAUUUAUAUUCAGAUAUUAUGCUUGUGGGAAGAGAAGGAAGCCAUAAUACCAAAAUUUUUUAGAUAUUUCUUGUAGUUCUUUUUAUUUUUUUCCCCUAUAAAUAAUGAGAGGAUACUUUUGUCCUUAUACAAAUGUUUUAUAGUAGAUAUAAUCUUGUUUAUUAGCCAAUCAAACUUAAGUUAUAUAAAUAUUAAGCCGAGUAAUAUGAGUGUCCGUACCAUCCCACCUCCCUGGCCGAACCAUCACCACGGGUGGGGAUGGUUCGGACGAUUUAGAAACUUGUCUUUCAUCACCUACAUCUGAAAACUGGAAAUGGCUACGGGUGUCAUAUUAACAACCUAAAGAGCCAAAGGAUGAAGGAACAUUUUGAGAUCAACAAAAUUACACCACUUCUUAAACUUUUUUUUCUAAAAAUAUUUUUCUAAAAAGUGGCUGAAUCAUCGCCGCUCUCCCCUAUAUUAUGGCUUUUGUUAUUUGCAGCUUCCUUUCUUAUGAAGAUCUAACAGUGAAAUUUAUGAUUAUUCUUAGUCUUGCUCCCAAAUAGCCAUAAAUGUCAAUCAUCAAUGCUGAAAUCUUUUUGAACAAAAACAUCGUUCCAUGAGUGAAGAGUUUUGGCUUUUGGACAAGUGUGGGUAUGGAUGCAGGCCAGGUAUCACAGCAUUUCUAAUUGUAGUGUGUCUAUUGCAGUGAUGGUGAUGACACUGACAACAAGGAGCAUGUCCUCCUAGAGUGCCCUCAAGCUGGUAUUGGCCACAGAGAUCACUUUGCCGCACUCCACUUUGGGUAAGCACGUUUAAAAUUGUCCUUUAUUUAUAAGCAAGUUUUUUCUUCAGGGCUCGUUUAUAACAUUUGUACUUUGACAAUUAUAUCUUAAUGCUUAUGAGGGCAUAACAAUGGUGGGUCUUGCCAGGAAGGCACUCCAGGGACUGGCCUGGCCCAUGGUGUUGUGGACUCGCUCAGUACAAGUAUAUGGCGUUGUCUAUAUCUACACAGGCCGUAGGGGCUUAGAAUGGAAAGGGGAGAUGUGUGGAGGCCUGCUUGGGGGUCCAUUGGGGGUGGAGGCAGCGAGCGAGUGAAGCAACGCACCCCCUAGUUAGUUAAACUGUGGCAGCCCUUAUGUCCCAGUGGCCAUGUGUCCCGGGGUGACGGGUUCUUCCCGCCACAGGCUCAGGGACCAUUGUGGCAGAGAUGAGCACUGGGGCCAUGCACAGCCACAGCCUGUGCCCCAAACUUAACCUUCCAUUCAGGGUCCAGGGCAGCCGUGGUGAUGGCUCAGGGACCAUUGUGGCAGAGAUGAGCACUGGGGCCAUGCACAGCCACAGCCUGUGCCCCAAACUUUACCUUCCAUUCAGGGUCCAGGGCAGCCGUGGUGAUGGCUCUGGCAUUAAGUUUUUUCCACUUCAACAGUAAAUCAUGUUUGUAAAGGUAAUUUCUGCUGUAAAACUUUCUUAAAACAGGACAGAUAUUUCUUUAUUGGCAGCUGUCAGCAGGCAGCAAAAUGCAACAUGUUGUAAAUAUCUUGAUAAGUUAUCCAGCAAUGAUGACAAGUCAAUAAUGCUUCAAAGUGCAGGUUACAGGUCAUCCCCUAACCAAGUCAACUCACUACCAGUCAACUCACUCCCCUGGUCAACUAACCAGGUUAACUCACUCCUCUGGUCAACUAACCAAGUUAACUCACUCCUCUGGUCAACUAACCAAGUUAACUCACUCCCCUGGUCAACUAACCAAGUUAACUCACUCCUCUGGUCAACUAACCAAGUUAACUCACUCCUCUGGUCAACUAACCAAGUUAACUCACUCCCCUGGUCAACUAACCAAGUUAACUCACUCCUCUGGUCAACUAACCAAGUUAACUCACUCCCCUGGUCAACUAACCAAGUUAACUCACUCCCCUGGUCAACUAACCAAGUCAACUCAUUCUCCUGGUCAACUUACCAGGUCAACUCACUCCCCUGGUCAACUAACCAGGUUAACUCAUUCUCCUGGUCAACUAACCAGGUUAACUUGUUCCCCUGGUCAACUAACCAGGUCAACUCAUUCUCCUGGUCAACUAACCAGGUUAACUCAUUCCCCUGGUCAACUUGUUCCCCUGGUCAACUAACCAGGUUAACUUGUUCCCCUGGUCAGCUAACCAGGUUAACUUGUUCCCCUGGUCAGCUAACCAGGUUAACUUGUUCCCCUGGUCAACUAACCAGGUUAACUUGUUCCCCUGGUCAGCUAACCAGGUUAACUUGUUCCCCUGGUCAGCUAACCAGGUUAACUUGUUCCCCUGGUCAACUAACCAGGUUAACUUGUUCCCCUGGUCAACUAACCAGGUUAACUUGUUCCCCUGGUCAACUAACCAGGUUAACUUGUUCCCCUGGUCAGCUAACCAGGUUAACUUGUUCCCCUGGUCAACUAACCAGGUUAACUUGUUCCCCUGGUCAACUAACCAGGUUAACUUGUUCCCCUGGUCAGCUAACCAGGUUAACUUGUUCCCCUGGUCAGCUAACCAGGUUAACUUGUUCCCCUGGUCAACUAACCAGGUUAACUUGUUCCCCUGGUCAACUAACCAGGUUAACUUGUUCCCCUGGUCAGCUAACCAGGUUAACUUGUUCCCCUGGUCAGCUAACCAGGUUAACUUGUUCCCCUGGUCAACUAACCAGGUUAACUUGUUCCCCUGGUCAACUAACCAGGUUAACUUGUUCCCCUGGUCAACUAACCAGGUUAACUUGUUCCCCUGGUCAACUAACCAGGUUAACUUGUUCCCCUGGUCAACUAACCAGGUUAACUUGUUCCCCUGGUCAACUAACCAGGUUAACUUGUUCCCCUGGUCAACUAACCAGGUUAACUUGUUCCCCUGGUCAACUAACCAGGUUAACUUGUUCCCCUGGUCAACUAACCAGGUUAACUUGUUCCCCUGGUCAACUCCUAACCACGUCAACUCGUAAAUGGCAGGAGUGUUCUCUGCAGGAGUGACAUCACCAGGCUGUGUGGGGAGUAAUUACCAUGGCCAGGACUCAUAACACACUGGCUUGGAUAUCCCUACAAAGCUUGAGGUAAGGUUACUAUUCUGCCCAAACAGAACCUUCCUGUAAUGUGUGUCACAGAUAACAUGAACCGGCUUCGUCACUUAACCACACACAUGAUAUCUAAUUAUACAUAUAUCUAAUCCUUAUGUGCAGUGGUGGAUCCCGGGGGGGGGGGGGGAGGUGGCUGCCCCCCCCCCUUAGAACCUAAAUUGCUCCCUUUCAAAGAUUCACUGAGAUCUGUGGGGUAUCAUUCCUGUGAACACUACUACUAGCCUACUAAUUAUAAUGAUAAUAAUAACAACAAUACUACUACUUCUACUAUUACUACUACCAGUGAAACCUAUACAUAUGGAUUGGACACUUGCCCCAGCUUUGUCAUCAAGCCGCGAAUUUUGAAAAUUCAACCGCUUUGGUGUGAAUCGCCAUAACUCCCUUAUUUCUGGGGCUAGAGAAAAGUUAUUGGUAUCAAUCGACGGCAAAAUGCAAGGGCCAUAUUUUUCAGUUACCGACCGGGCUCGAAAACCGACUCAAAAAGGUUGAAAAUCGAAUAAAUUCACAAAAAAUGACUCGAAAAAAAACGUAUUUUUGAGUUCCCAACCUUUAGACCUACUCAUUUAUUGAGAAUUUCAAAACACUUAUUUAACAAAUGAUUUAGCCCUGCCAAUG